UGGUCUUUGGGUGCUAGCCUUUUUAUGAGGUUGAAGUCAGUGCACUGGCUUGGGAGCGCAAAGUGCCUAUUAUUCGCUAAAAAGCGCCGGUCAUUUUUGAAUAGCAGGUUAAGACCUGUCAAGGUAGCGCCAAGUCCAGUCUUGCGGCCCAUUGGCAGAUAAAUUCCGACUAUUUGAGAAGACAGCGCAAGAUGGGCAACUCGCACUCUAUUCAGACCAGGGUGGAACGGGCAGGGAAAACAGGCGUUCUCACACUCACCCAAGCGAAGCUGAAGGACGUCCCUCCAAAGAUGGUAGCAAUGAUGUGGCAAUUGCACAACCUUAAAAGUUUGGAUUUAUCUAAUAAUCGCUUGAAAAGCUUGCCGCCACCUCUCAGCUCCUUUGCCUCACUCAAAAUCCUCUCGCUCUCCUGCAAUCGCUUCAUUACACUCCCUCCUGUUACCAAUUAUCCGGCGCUUGAAACGCUGAAUCUUUCCCACAACGCGCUUCACACACUUGAUCCUUCCAUUUCAGCUUUAUCAGCUCUAAAAUGCCUCGUAUUAUCUCACAAUGUCAUUACAAAUAUUCCCGGGUCCAUAGGUCAAUUGAAGAAGCUUGUGACCCUGGACAUAUCAUUUAACAAAUUGACAACGUUACCGAGUGAAAUGAGAUUAUUGACCUCUUUAGAGGAGCUUAAUGUGGAGAACAAUGCUUUGACCAUGAUUCCGGCGGAGUUUGGUGGCCUCACGUCGCUGAAAACAAUGAAAUUGGCCAGAAACCAAAUUUCAAAGUUUCCGGCGGAAAUCCUGUCUGAGACCAGUGUUACAUGGAUCGAUUUGGAGGGUAAUCCGUUUGGUGAAGCGGAAUUACGUGCCUUAGAGGGAGCUGAGAAGUACGAAGCGCGACGUAAGAACCGAAUUGACCAAUUCUUAAAGACAUAGAAUGAGAAUAUAGAAUAUAAGUCACAAGGGAUUGAAAUGGACGUACAGCCUAUAUGUCUAUAUGUAGCGGGACCUAUAUUAGUAUUUUGGUAAUGCAUUGGGUCAUAAUAGACUAGUACUAUACAGUAGUGAUGAAAAUUGCACUGAUUAC